CCAAGAAAGGUGGAGACUCCUGUUCAACUUCCUGCACAAUACUCUUGAAGCACCGCCAGGAGAGAAGAAGGGUGGCUGCUGCUUGGGCAAGGGCGAAUGGAUAUACAGCUCUCACCCCCCCCACCCCUAAUUACAAUCACAUCGUAGUUGUUAACCGUUUAUACGCCUUUCUACCUGGCUUGUAGCUCGCUAGCUAUAGCCGCGAGCCUGCUGAAUAAGCGAUUGGCAACGUUUGAUAGCAAAGGCGGUUCGAAGGAGAGGAAUGGAGGUUGUUGUGGAGUUUGACUACGAAGCGCUCCAUGAAGAUGAGCUGACCUUGCGAAAGGGGGAUCUCAUAAAGAAUGUGUGCUGCAUACAAGAGGAUGGCUGGAUGGAGGGAGAUCUCAACGGGAAAAGGGGGCUCUUUCCUGACAACUUUGUUAAGGAAAUAAAACAGGAGGCCAAGGAAGCAAGAACUGACAACAAAGAGGAAUAUGCUCAGCCUCUGAAGAGAGAGAAGUCUGUUGGGAAUGUUGCCAACUUGGUUCAGAGAAUGAGUACCAUUGGUAUCCCAACAGGUGGUUUCCAGCCACGACCAGCUCCCACAAAAAAGCUGCAGAAGAGACGCUGCAAAGUGAUCUUUGAGUAUCAGCCUCAGAAUGAAGAUGAGCUGGAAUUAAAAGUUGGAGAUAUUGUAGACAUCACUGAAGAGGUUGAAGAGGGUUGGUGGAGUGGCGUCAUUAACGGCAAGUCAGGGCUCUUCCCGUCCAACUUUGUCAAAGAGGUGGAAGUAACGAAAGAAGACGGAGACUCAAACGACAGUACGGCUGAUGAGGCUGAUGGACACGGUGUAGAAAACUCAGCAACCUCAUCCUCGCCCCAACCUGCUUCAGGCAAUGGAGCUAUUGUCCAGCCCAAAAAAAUCCAACGUAUCGGUUUUGGGGAUAUUUUCAAAGAAGGGUCAGUAAAAUCAAUGCUACGAAACCCCAAUCUGGAUACAGGAGAAAAAAAGGAAAAUCCAAUCCCUUCAUUACCAUCAGUUGCAAAGCCUUCCUUACCUAACAUGACAGAAUUGCAGAAGGGUGAUGGAGAGAGCAACUACAAAGCUAAAGAAUUCUGUAAGGUCACCUUCCCUUUUGAGGGUACAAAUGAGGAUGAACUGACUUUGCAUGAGGACGACAUCAUCUCUAUUAUAAGCAAGGACACAGGAGAGCCUGGGUGGUGGCGAGGGGUGGUUGGAAGCAAAGAAGGUGUCUUUCCUGACAACUUUGUUGUCAUGCUGUCAGAGACAGAAGAGGCUUUCAUUUCUAGAGGGUCGCGCAAGUCCUCACUGAAGCAAGACACUGAGGAGAAACCAAAGAAGCCACCUCCACCAUCAAAACAUAUAGCUCCCAAACCAGAGGUUCCCAGCGCUGACAAGAAGCCUCAUACUGUCAGGCCAGAGGACAAAGUUGACAAGCCGAUGCCCGAUCCAAAACCAUUUAAGCCUGCUGCACCACUCCCACCCAAAAAGCCAGUCCCACCUCCAGGCAAAGGCAAACAAGGGAGCCUCCCACCAAAGCGGCAAGACAAGCCUCUGACUCCAUCACCAAAUUUAAAACAUAAUGGGGAAGUGCAUACAUCUCGUCCAAAGCCUGACUUGGAGUUAUUACUUCCCCCGAAACCCAAAACACCCUCAGCAGACACAGGGGAGAAAUCCUUUGAAUCACCUCUAAUGAGUUUUGAUGAGGUGUCAUCUACCUCAGAAAAGCUCUCUCAUCCCACUGCGAACAGACCAAAGAUUACUGGCCGGAGGUUGCCCGCCCAAUUUGGUGGAGGACAAUCACCCAAGGAAUUUGUCGUGGAGAAAUUCUUCAUGAUGGAUGAGGAGGAUGGCGCCAAACUCAAGCCUGUAGAACCCAGAAAGCCUUCCACAUACAACCUGUCUCCUUCGCCGUCAUUCCACAAACCCGGUGUCGAGGCCAAACUCAGUCCAGCAGUGCCAAGCUCAAUUUCAGACAGCAGUUCUCAAGGAAGAGAAGAUCCCAAAUCCCAGAUGGAUGAUCUUAGAAGUCAGAUGAAGGAUCUCCUGCUCUCAGUGGAGCUGUUCAAGGCCCAGCAAAUGAAAGAAAUAACAGAGCUGCGUGCAGAGCUGGAUCAGGAAAGACUAAAGCGUGUGGCGCUGCAGGUAGUAUAUGAUCCCCGUAACAACACAUGCUGGGUUGUCUACAUUUAUUGCAUGCUUGAGUUUCAGGACAAAUAUUGAUGGAUUCACUAACAGGCAAAAACAAGAUAUACACAAUUAAUAAACUUGGAUGACCAUGGUUUAACAUUUGUGGAAUUAACUGUAAUCUAUUCAAAAUGUCCUUAAAUCAUGUUACUAAACUCAGCUGAGAUUCUUCUUUGCAAGGCAUAAUGCAGCACCCUUAUAAUUUCUAUGUUAUGGUGCUUUAGAUGCUUUCCAAUAGCAGGAUUCCUCCUCUUUCAUCCCCCAUAGUGGGGCUGGAGAAAAGAGAAUAUAUAAGUGUUGGUCUAACCUUAAAUCUGAGUGUUUUGCAUUCGGUGUCCUCGCAGAUGGAGCUAGAUAAACUGAAGAUGGCUGUCCACUCAACGUGAAGCUGAGCUCAGGGCAUGCUUCAAGGUCCAGCUGCUUGCCUGGCGACCAACGAGAGAGCCAGUUUUGGGUUAUGGCGGCGGAUGAGGAGGACCACCAACAGACAGUUUAAUGGGCAGAGAGAGGGUGCAAUCAUUUUGACAUCUACAAAUUCAAAUCCCCAUGUUUGUAAGAUUAAAAUUUUUGCACAUAUUUUUUGUUUUUAAGAUGGGAUGUAAUUAAAUUACAGAUGUAUAUGAUACUUUUUGUUUGCCAACACAAAAAAACGAGGCCUUACUUCAAACUACUGUGCUGACUUGCAUGUCUUCGUUUCACUCUCUCUUCCAUUCACUCCUGCGAUCAUCAAACGCCUCAUGACGGAAGGUCGCUCUCAGUACUACUGACUAUAUACAAAGCAGGGGAUCCUUGUUUCUACACCUAUGUUUCACUCUUUGUUUUUAAGCACAACUUUUCAAAAAAAAAAUUUGUUUUCUCUUAAUGUUUUCCUUGAAACAAAUCCUUUCCCUUUCCUCUUAACAAGGCGUCUACUGUAGCUGUAAUUUAAUUAUUCCUUGCAGCGCCUUUGAGGAAGCUCACUCUAUAUUUGACCUCUUUUUUUAUGCAUUUUCUAUCAUUCCUAUCCAGGGAAACACUACUGUGCCUGUCAAAAAAAGUUCUAAUUGUUGUUAUGGGAGCUUAACAUUUACCACAACUGUGUCUGAAAAUAUGGCAUCUCGAUAUUGUGCAUGUAUAUUUUUUAAACUUUAAUGACAUACUUUUGAGGGCCUCUUCUAUAGUUGUUAACUUUCAAUUUAGACUGGGAAUGUUCUAUGAAAUGUUGCUGCAACCAGCAUGAAAAACUAAAAAUGAAAGAAACGAACAAUAGAUUGCACCCUUCAUUUCUUAUGUUUUUCUGGCUCGUGCCUAAGCAUGAUAAUAAGAGCUCUUUUUGAUCAUCUCUGCAGCUUGCUUGCUUGUUCUACUCAGACCACCAUUCAAAUCCCAGGUGGUCCAUUCUACCUCUUCCUCUUAUCUAUCCCAUCUUUUGGGUUUCAAAGUGAACAAAAUAAGAUAUGUUGAAGCCUGUUUAUUGCUCAUCAAUUGUUCUUCUCUUUUUGUACAGGAGGUAGGUAUUGGGGCCACACUGAAAAAAUAUGAGGAAAAAAAGUCAGAUUUUUGUAAGUUUGAGAAUGAAGUAAUUUUAGCAAGUGAAAUUUAAAAUACGACUUGAGCCAAAACGAUAGUUUUGAGACCUGCGAAACGCUGUCUUUCGCUUAAGACCCACCAUGAAAUAACAUUUCUUCAAAGCAAGUCUUUUGUUUUUCAUAUUCAUAUUUAUGCACCCAAAUAUUAACUAUUUCAUUGUGUUUGGGAAACUAGCAAUAUCCUUAACAGCCACACAUUGUUUCAUCCUUUAUGCCCUUACAUUAACCCCCCCUCCAUCCCCCCCAUACAAAAUGUGACGGUUGUCAUAAAAUGAGAUGUUUUAUGUGUGUUUUUUUAAUGUAUUUUUUCAGCAUGCCCCUAAUACGCCUUCAUAUUUUGGGUUCGGGUUCACAUUCCAAGUAUUUGGUUCAAGAAAACUGGAAGAACACAGUAGAAGGUAGCAAUGAGCGAUUUUCUAUGGGAAAUUCAAAUCCCCGUUCCACAGACAUUUUUGGCAUUUGUAUAAUAAAAUCUACUCUGUUGUUAAAGACAAUCCUUCCUAAAUGGCUCUAGAAUUUGAAGUAACAAUCAGCCAGUGUGCAUUGGUCACCACCAGUUUAAAGUCUGUCAACAAUGAUUCAAUUAUGCAUGGUAUAUUGAGGUUCAUUGCCCUCAAAAAAAAAAAAAAAAAAUGCUACAAAAUAAACUGUACAGUUGCCCAAGUUUGAAUCCCAAAUUGUUGCAUGUUGUUUCGCACCCAUCCCUUUUUUCCAAAUCCAUUUUACAAUCAAUCCCUGCUGAAUUGAUUCUGAUUGGUGCUGUGCCAUACCUUUGAAACACCUCGUGGUGAUGUCACGGUGUAUCGAACUUUACCAUCAUUGCACAUUAAACCGUUUGAGUUGCUCAAUGAACUGUUAGUCAAUGUGACCUCUAACUGUAGAAGAUUGUCUUUGGCCUCAGCUUGUGUUGAACAUGUUAGCAAGAUGCCUGUUCACAAUAUCAGCAUCCUGUGUAAGCGAUAUGCUAUAGAUUAGACAAAGAUCAAUACCAUGACACCACCCCGCAGCUCACUCGAAACACCCCCUUUGGCCUCCUGUAAUGUGUACAACACAUGCUAGUACGGAUUCUUAUCAUAACUUUUUAUUUUAAAUCUCGCCAAUGUCUUAAAGAAGUUACUUCCAAAUCACCCUCAAGCGUUUGUGUUGCUGAUCAGCUUGAACACUUAAAAGUGUGAUAUUCAAUUGUCUUUUCUGUUUUCACCUGAAUGCUUUGACAAAGUUGUUGACGUCAAGUCUGACCUUCGAAAAGCAUUACACGCGAGCAUUAUGUCUGUGCCAGACAUGUUAUACAAUCUCCCUUUUCGCCUUUCGAUGGCAUGGCUGCUCUAUUUAAUAAUCACAUUGUGGGAAAGAGGGAUCAGGGAUAGCUGUUGAUGUAAUAUCUACUGCGGCUUUACUUUUAUGUACUGUACAUUCCAGCGAUUGACACCAAGAAACGAAGAAAUCUGCACAUUUAUCAUUUUAAUUUCUAAAUAAUUUUGUUUACAAGAGUUGUAUCCUUGCAUGAGCUGAGAUUCUUUUCAAAAAAAUAAAUAUAUUUACUGUCAAAAACA